GGCUUCACCCGCACGCAGCUGCUUUAUUACCUGUUGACCGCCCUUUCUUUUGCUUUUCCUUAGGAUCUGCAUUGCAUCUGCAUUGCAUUGCAUUUGCUUUCUGUAGCGCCUACACUCAUCUAAUACGCACGCCGCAAAAACGCCACUCUCACAAUGGUGUACCGACCUAGCGAGGAUAAAUCCCACAGCUCAAUAUACCUGCAUGAUGUACGUAUUGCCUCAAGCACGUCGACGAACAAUGCUUCGAAGGCAUCCCAGUCUACUAUUGUGGAUGCUGAGCAUCAGUUCGGGGAGAGCGAGAGUGUACCGAACAAUGGCAUCGAGGGCUUCGAUUACUCCACUUUACCACCUGUUGAUACCGGAAAAGAUGCUUGGUUGUGCCUCCUCGCGGUCUUCACCAUUGAGGUCAUGAUAUUAGGCUAUGGCUUCUCGUAUGGUGUUUUCCAGGACUUCUACGCCGUAAAUGAGCCUUUUGCAUCAUCCUCAUCCAAUAGUUCUGUGAUUGGUGUCCUCACGACCGGCAUUCUCUUCCUCACUACCCCGAUAUUCCUUCCAUUAUGCCGCCACUAUCCCCAAUGGGCCCGCUGGAUGGCGACGUUCGGUGUCUUUCUCGCGCUAAUAUCGAACAUUGCAUCCUCUUUCUGUACCAAAAUUCCCCAACUGAUUGGUACACAAGGUGUGAUACUCGGGCUCGCUGGCGGCCUGGCAUUCUGUCCAUGCCUGGUCUAUAUUGACCAAUGGUUCGACAAACGCAAAGGCCUCGCAUUUGGCAUAUUCGGCUCUGGCGCUGGAUUCGGAGGAGUCUUUAUUCCCCUCAUGCUACGUGCCAUGCUCAAUAACGUGGGCUUCGCUACCACGAUGCGCAUCUGGGCGGGAAUUCAUGCAGGUAUCGGACUCACUGCAGCCUAUUUCGUCAAGCCACGUCUACCCCCGGCGGCAACUCUCACAAGACCAUUUUGGAACCCGCGUGCUCUGCGCUCCCGGUUCUUUCUGAUGAACCAACUAGCAAACACGAUCCAGGGCGCGGGAUACUAUCUCCCAGGAAUCUAUCUACCAACCUAUGCUCGCGAGAUUCUUGGUGCAUCAGCCUGGCCAGCCACGGUAUCACUCAUGAUAUUCAACAUAAGUGCAACUAUCGGCCUCAUACUUAUGGGCCACUUCACUGACCGUUUCACUUCGCGCACCUGUAUCUUGGUAUCCUCGCUUGGCAGCACGAUUGCGGCCUUGAUAGUAUGGGGUCUUACCACUCAUAUAGCAACACUAUAUACAUUCAGCAUCCUCUUUGGUCUAUUUUCAGGCAGCUGGCCCGCCGUAUGGCCUGCAGUCAUGCGAGAGACGGCCCGUCGGGGCGAGGAGCGUGGUUUUGGGUAUGUUGACACACUAAUGGUGUAUUCAUUAUUGUGUGUCGGGCGAGGAGUUGGCAAUAUCGUUUCUGGACCACUAAGCGAAGCUCUCACAAAGGACAUGCCGUGGAAAGGGGCAGUCAUUGGCGGGUAUGGAAGUGGCUAUGGAGCACUGAUUUUGUUCUCUGGGCUGACGAGCUUGGUGAGCGGUAUUAACACCUUAUGGUAUCAAAAGCUAUAGUUGAAGUUUUAAAAGUAUUUUGCUGAUUUAUAGAAUACAAACGAUAGACAUGAUAGACAGUUUUAUAUAGAGGAUCAAUAUACUUAUCAGGCUGCUGUACAUAGCUCAUACAAAGAUAUACAACAAC